AUGGGAUCGACGGGCGCCGUAGACUACGAGACGGUCUUUGACUGGCGCAACAUGCACUGGCGCCCGCCACCGCCGCCUGCCGAGUGGCGCUCUCGUUCCCUCAACAUCUGGCGCGGCCGAGACUGGUCUGCCUCCUGGCGAGACGCAAAGAGCGAGACCGCCCUCGAGAAACGACUGUAUCAGGCGAUACCGCACUGGACUGACGUCAUCAAUGGCGACUCACCUCACGCACGGCGCUAUUGGGCCAACGGCACACUGCCCACGCGAGUGGCAGCUCCCGGUGGCGCUGGCCGCUCCGAGAGGCUCGCUUGCCCGAGCAACCCCGGGGCGCGAACGCCCUUGCAUGCGUCGCAGCCCGAGUGCGAGGCUUGGUGGCCCGUCGAUACACGCUGCGUGGCGUAUGUCAUCGGGGUUGGCGAUCUCCCAAAAGGUCGGCAGGACGCCUGGGGCUUUCCGAUACAUGCUGCCAAGCGGGGCUGCAUCGUACACGCUUACGACCCAACGAUUGCCCUUCGUCAGCGGCAACAGGCGGCGGCACAGCAGAUCGCUUUGAAGCUCAGAAAGGGCCGGCAGCACGGCAACCUCACGUUCCACUUUGCGGGCCUCGGCGCGGGCCGCUCGCGCAACACCAUCAACUCGUUCGGAGCCAUAGACGGCACCGUGCUGUACACAAUGGCCGAGCUGGUGGCGGCGAACAAAGCCGACGGGGGCUGGCCAACCAUCCUCUCCAUCGAUUGUGAGGGGUGCGAGUGGGCGGCGCUCGAGCAAAUGGCGGCGGAUCCGCGCGCGCUGAAGAUCCUAGGCGGCGUGAAGCUGCUGUUCCUCGACGCGCACCUCUCACCGACGAUGCUUCCGCCGACACCGCGCCAGUUUGUCGUGGCCUUGGAGCUGCUCUUCCACCGGCUGGGGUUCAGACUGCGCUGGCUGCGCAGCGUCGACGGAUUUCCGGCCGAUCAGAAAGUCGCUGACUUUCUCGGGGUCGCUGGGCUGCCGGCCGGCUUCUGUUGCUACGAGAUGGUGCUGGUGAGAUAA